AAAUUUGCAUAGACCUGCAUCACAUAACUGACUGGCAUUAGGAAAGAAGCCAGAUUGAAUUUUUAACCGUUUAGUUCCUUUUUAGUUUUCGAAGGUGGGGCAAAGUGUCGAAGUUUGCAUUUGCUCCUAUGUCGGAAAGGUUAUAACCAUGUUUGAAGAUCAAAGUAGUUUAGAUGGAUCUCAAGUUGGUCAAGAGUCUGUUUUGGAUACCAGCUGUGACUAUGAUGCGGCUUUUCUUUCUACCGGUUCAAAUGUGUCGACUUUCGAGCCUAAACGAUGCUCUACUCCAUUAAGCGGUUCCGGUCCUGUUAGUGCAGCUUCCUGGACUGAUUACAAUGCAGCUAACGAAGGAAUUGACGGCCCUACCACUCGUGGAUAUCCUCGCCGUGGACAGUACGUGCCGAAUUUGGAGCGAGCCGGACAGGAAAAUUUAGACUGCCGUCGCAAUUCCGGAAACAUGCGCACCAUCAUCAAUCAGGGAGCGUUGCCACGUCAGUCUCUGCGUCGGCUUCCGGUUAACGCUUCACGCAGUCCGACGCCGACUGUACUGCGCAGUAAGGCGGCCAUGGUUCCCGAUUACAACUUGGCACAGCAUGGGAUUUCCUAUUCGCCGGUAUCAUCCCCGAUCAGUCGACCGGUGUCGGUGCCCAUGCAGAAUGUGACCCCGGCGCUGAUGCAUGCCAACUAUUCGCAUCAGUCGCCGGAGCAGAUCGAUCACAUUGCGGCGUGUUCAGGACGAAAUUCCGGGUAUUGCGGGUGUGCAUCGGGUGGCAGUCCUUUGAUGGUGGAGCAGUAUGCCCGUGUGGCGGGAUUCCGCGGCGGCCAUAAGCAGCACAUGAUGCCGAAGGAUCAGCGCUGGGCCGGCGAUGCCAAUGUCGAGCGUCAGGCUCAUGCGUACCGCAUGGCGGCAUCCAUUUAUGAUCCCACUGUCGUGUGGAGUGGUAUGCUGCCGGCACGAAUUCCUAAAGGUUCUGCUUAUUCCUGCAAGGUAUUUUUGGGUGGCGUUCCCUGGGAUAUUUCCGAACCUAAUCUGACGGCGGCUUUCGGAAAAUAUGGACCGUUGAAAGUGGAAUGGCCCUCUAAUUACCACGAAAAUCCGGGACGAAACUCUAAAGGUUACCUGUACAUUAUCUUCGACAACGAACGCUCCGUGCGGGCUCUGCUGAGUAACUGUACAGUGGACACCAGUCCCACUGGAGGCGGCCGCAAUUACUACUACAAGGUCUGCAGCACUCGUUUGCGCCGCAAAGAUGUGCAGAUCAUUCCAUGGCCGUUGUCCGAUUCCACUUACGUUCAUCCGGGCUGCAUUUCGACUUCCGGCACCAAGACAGUUUUUGUGGGUAGUCUGCAUGGAAUGCUGAAUGCAGAAGGGCUGGCACGCAUUAUGAACGAUUUGUUUGGUGGCGUCGUGACGGCUAAUAUCGAUACAGAUAAGUACAAGUAUCCGAUCGGAUCUGGCCGCGUGGUGUUCAACUGUGCGCAGAGUUAUGUUAAAGCGAUCCGUGCGGCAUUUGUGGAGAUUCGGACGCAAAAAUUCAGCAAGAAGAUCCAGAUUGACCCUUUCCUGGAGGAUUCAGUAUGCAGCGUGUGCGCCUCACAAAUGGGACCGUAUUUUUGUCGUGACAUGGAGUGCUUCAAUUACUUUUGCGGAACUUGUUGGCAGUGGCAGCAUUCCGACAAUCUGAAACACCACAACCCCAUGAUGCGCAAUCCCCGUUCUCAUGAUGAUGAAUACUGAACACCAGUCCCAGUAGAGCGUGCUUCAGGAUUCAACGGUGUCUACGAACCGGUUUUGAUUUCAUAUUAGUAAGGUCAAGGGAUGGUUUAUUAUAUCUGCCUUGCCACUAAAAUUUUUAUUUGUCUGACUUUUUUACCAUAUUUUUUGCGUAGUAUUGAUUUUUUAUUAUUAUAAAAAGGAGCUCUCUUUACUCUGUGCGUGAUUUUAUUAUAAAUUUUGUCCAAUCUGUUUUGUAUAAUUGCAAUCAUGUGCUGAAUGUCGAGCGUUUUGCUUUCUUUUGGGGUCCUGGAUAUAUAUUCGUUAGUCCCUUCAUCUUUCUAGCUUUAAACCUUAUCGUUGCCUUGGACUUUGUCUGGCUUUCCAGCUUCAUCCAUGAUUUGAAUUAAAGUUUUACUAGAUAUGAA